AUGGUAGAGGUCGCAAAGGCGGCGGGUACCGCUCGCUCGCUGCAGAUAUGCCUAUAUGGCCUGAAGACUCCCCGCGCGAAGGACACCGCGUCACAGUCGAGCGACGAUCCGUUGACGAAGGAGCCCAUGAAGAGCUUCCUGCAGCGGGCCCAGCAAGAGCUCCGCGUGUACAUCGCGGUCGAGAAUGCGUGGCCCCGCAAACGGGGCCAGAGGGUCGAGAAGUUCGACGUGCCUCAAGACAUUAUCGAGCUGCUGGUCGAGAAGAACGCCCAGUACCAGGCUGAUGAUUUCCAGGAGACGUUCCAGGAGUUGUGGGAUAACAUUAAGACGAAGAACCGUAUGAUCAAAUAUGUCUACAAAGUCGCCGCACAGGUCCGGCAGGAGCUGAAGCAGAAAGCCAAACGGGUGGUAGAGAAGGAACUUUUAUCAGUCAAGAUCUCCGAUGUUGGCCUCGACGCGGUUGCUCGCAAUGACAAGUUGCAGAAGGCAAAGGAAGCGCGGAUUAAAUACCUUCGCAACCACAAUACGUUCCAUUACGGGAACAUAGUGAUGCCGGACCCGGACGUUUCCCCCGAGCUGUGGGACGACCCGGAGCUUGACACGCCUUUCCACAGUGUCGUGAUCGCGGAGAUCAUGGCGCGGCAGUGGUGGCUCGGGCAGCACCCGGAAGCCCUCCGCCGCGAGAACCGAUCUCGCUUUGACAUCAACGUCAAGCCGCCGUCGAGCAAUAUGAUCGCUCUGACCUGUAGCGCAGUUCUAGUCGCAUUCGAUGAAGCAUUGGCCGGCAAUUCUACCGUGAACUUCGAUGAAAAGACGUAUGCUAUGGAGCAUGAUCGCCUGAAAGCUGGCAUAGACAAGCUGCGACGACAUGCGGAUGCGAACAGCAGGAUGUACGACGAAGGUGUUGCCGAGCUCGUGAAAUCAAUGAACGACACUAUGGCCGCCAACAUCAUGGCCUUUGCUGGCAUUGCCCACGACAAGAACCGGAGGGACGAGGGCAACGCCGAGGAGCUCGAUGAUGGCAUUGACAUGAAGGCAGUUCUCGGCCGAUGGGGCAAGAAGAAGGCAUCGACGUCCGCUGUCUCGGGUGCACAGGCACAGGCACAGGCAGGGCAUGUAUUGUACCCCCUCGCUCCAGUCGCGAGCAGCUCCAAGACCAAGUAA